AUGGACAAGGUUGAGAAGGAGACUCAAGACUUCAUGAACGUAGAGUCAUUCUCUCAGCUCCCCUUCAUCCGCCCGGCCCCUCCCGUCAACAAAGAGAAGGGCAUCCGCCUCUUUGGCAUAGAAUUCGGCGCAGACACCCCCACGGAAGACUCCGAAUCCCUCGACUACACCAAUGCCUGCGAAGACGCCGCUGCAAAAGAGUACAACAUCAACACCACUACCGUCACCAACAGCAACAACAAAAGCAGCGAAAGCGGAGGCGAGAGCAGCCGGAGAUUUGAAUGCCACUACUGCUGCCGGAACUUCCCGACCUCCCAAGCCCUCGGGGGCCACCAAAACGCGCACAAGAGAGAGCGGCAGCACGCAAAACGCGAGCACCUCCAGUCGGCCAUGGUGCAUGCCGGCCACCACGGCCUAUCUCACGACGCGCACCACCACGUGUACGGCUUAAUGAACUACACAACUUCUAGGCUUGGGGCUUCACCUCACCAUCACCAUACUGCUUACCCAUCUUGGAAUAGUAGCCACUCUAGCUCCAUUGCUGGUGCUCAUCAACAUACUAGGUUUUACGGAAGCUCUGGUGGGACGUACGGCACCCAAUCAGCGCCCAUUAAUGGGAGCCCUUUGGCCCUGUGGCGGAUCCCUGCAGUUCAGGGUACUACUAACCCUAGUUUCAAUCGUGACCGUUCGAUGAAUUUGUUCGCCGGCGGGGAGGAGAUGAAGGCAGCAGGGGUCGGUGGGACGGGCGGUCAAGGACGGUACGUGUAUGACUCGUCGAUGGCGAGUGUGCAAGACCAUGUGAGUUUGGAUCUUCAUCUGUAA